UGCAUAUAAACAGACGUUAAAUCAACUUGAACUUACUGUGAUAAAUAAUUAUUUUUGAACAAUGCCAAGUAACCUUGUUUUGUUAUUAUUUUGUGUAUUUGUUCGACUGUCUUUCACUGAAUCCACCAAAUAUUUGCCUACAUGGGACAGUUUAGAUACUAGACCUCUACCAAAAUGGUACGACGAGGCCAAAAUUGGUAUUUUUUUGCACUGGGGUGUUUUUUCGGUGCCCAGUUUUGGGUCGGAAUGGUUUUGGCAGGACUGGAAAGUUAACAGUUCAUCUUAUGUGGACUAUGUAGAAGACAACUACCCACCUGGAUUUACUUACCAAGAAUUCGCUAAAGAUUUUACAGCGGAAUUUUUCAAUGCCAGUGAAUGGGCGGAAAUAUUUAAAGAGUCUGGAGCCAAGUAUGUGGUAUUGACCAGUAAACAUCACGAAGGUUUUACUUUAUGGCCUUCUAGAUACUCUUAUAGUUGGAAUGCUAAAGAUAUUGGGCCUCGUAGGGACAUUAUCGAUGAGCUAUCAAUAGCAGUCCGCAAAGAAAACCUGGAAUUCGGGCUGUACCACUCUCUGUACGAAUGGUUCAACCCGAUGUACCUCUCCGACAAACGCAACAAAUUCCACACGCAAGAAUUUGUCAGCAAAAAAAUCCUGCCGGAAAUGAGAGAACUGCUCCUCAACUACGAACCGUCGAUCCUGUGGUCUGACGGGGAUUGGGAAGCGAGCGACACCUACUGGAAGUCGACGGAAUUUUUGGCGUGGGUGUACAACGAUAGUCCUGUCAAAGACCACAUCGUCGUCAACGAUCGAUGGGGAAUCGAUAUACCAUGUAAACACGGCGAUUUUUUCACCUGCUCCGACAGGUACAAUCCAGGUACUCUGCAAAAGAAAAAAUGGGAAAACGCGAUGACGAUAGAUAAGGUUUCCUGGGGAUUUAGAAGAAAUGCCAAACUUUCCGACUAUUUCACUACCCAUGAAUUAUUGGUCACAUUAGCAGGAACUGUAAGUUGUGGAGGUAAUUUACUGAUGAACAUCGGGCCGACAAAAGACGGCAUAAUAGCGCCGAUUUUCCAGGACCGUCUCAGGGACCUCGGGAAAUGGUUGAAAAUUAACGGAGAAGCAAUUUACAAGAGCACGCCAUGGACGCAUCAAAAUGACACUUUAACGCCCGGCGUGUGGUACACAGCCCGAGAAAACGCUAUCUAUGCGAUCGUGCUUUUUUGGCCUGAAGAUAAUGUUUUGAAAUUGGAAUCUGUUGCUCAGUUGUGCGCUAGUAAUGAAACUUCUAUCAGGGUUUUAGGGAACGAAGGAAAGUUAAAGUGGUCCCUAAUCGAUGAUGAAUACGUUCAAAUAAAAUUCCCUGACAAGGCAAAAACUCUUAGUGAAAAUGCAUGGGUUUUAAAAUUUGUAGGAACAUAAUUUGUUACAUAAAUUAAUUUUUUAUUUGUUUUGUUUGUAAUAAAAUUAUAAUAAACA